GCGGCCGCGCGGAGUCAGUCGGUCGCGAACAGUGGCGCUGCGAGGAUGGCAGAGGGCGGCGCGGAGCUCGCGGAGGAGCGCUGACCAUGGCGUCGGCGCCGCCCGCAAACGCUUCGUCGGCCAACGAGAGCGGACUGGCCGGUGCGGCGGCGGCCGCCGGCCCGCCGUACGGGCCGGCGGCCAGCGUGGCUAUCGCGCUGGUGCUUUUCUGCGUGAUCGUGGGCACCAUCGUGGGCAACAUACUGGUGUGCGUUGCCGUGUGUCUGGUGCGCAAGCUGCGUCGGCCGUGCAACUACCUGCUCGUGUCGCUGGCCGUUUCAGACCUGUGCGUCGCCAUUCUAGUCAUGCCGUGGGCACUCGUCUACGAGAUCACCGGCCACUGGAGCUUCGGCCCGGUUAUCUGCGACCUGUGGGUCUCGUUCGACGUGCUGUCGUGCACGGCCAGCAUCCUAAAUUUGUGCAUGAUCAGCGUGGACCGGUACUACGCAAUCACGAAGCCGUUGGAGUACGGCGUGAAGCGGACGCCGAAACGCAUGAUCGUGUGCGUGUCGCUGGUGUGGCUGGGCGCAGCGUGCAUCAGCCUGCCGCCGCUGCUGAUCCUGGGCAACGAGCACGGCCGCAACGGCAACGAGUGUUCCGUGUGCCAGAACUUUGGCUACCAGAUCUACGCGACGCUGGGCUCGUUCUACAUCCCGCUGACCGUGAUGAUCGUCGUGUACCACAAGAUCUUCCAGGCGGCCAGGAAGAUCGUGCUGGAGGAGCGGCGGGCGCAGUCGCACCUUCGGCUGGCGCACGCCGAAGACCCCCCGGCGCCGCCCGUGCUGCUGGUCAGCAACAAGAACGGCGCCGAGACCAAGCUGUGGCCCGACGCCAAGCAGCCAGUCAUGUCCAGAUCUCGGCUCCGCUUCACGCUGGCCAAGGAGCGCAAGGCCAGCACCACGCUGGGCAUCAUCAUGAGCGCCUUCACCGUCUGCUGGCUGCCGUUCUUCGUGCUGGCGCUGGUGCGGCCCUUCCUGCCCAACCAGGACGGCAUCCCCAGCUCGCUGUCCAGCCUUUUCCUGUGGCUGGGCUACGCCAACAGCCUGCUCAACCCCAUCAUCUACGCGACGCUGAACAAAGACUUUCGCAAGCCGUUCCAGCAGAUCCUCUACUUCCGCUGCAGCUCGCUCAACCUGAUGAUGCGCGAGGAGUUCUACCACUCGCAAUACGGCGACCCCACGGCCAACCUCACCGUCGGCGGACACACGACGCGCCACCACGCCAACGACUACUAUUGUCCCUCAGAGUCGCUGGCCGUCAAGGAGGCCAGCGUGCACGCCUCCUCAGACGCCGUCGUCGAGAACAACGGCCUCGCCGAGCACCAGCAGCAGCAGCAACAGCAGCCGCCCCAGGACGACGAGUCCUUCCUCUAAUUCCACCCCCGGCUGGAUAGGUUUCUCAAAGACUGAUUAUCUUUAGUGCGAUCGAACUGGACGUUGGCAGCAAGAGUCUCUCUAUAUCUCUUUCUCUCUUUACCUUCCUAAAUAUGUAUAUCUCUCUCAUACUCGUCGACGCAGCGCAGCGCAGCAGCAGCAGCAAAAGCAGUUUGUGUGUUAAAUGUCGUCCGACCCCCGCGAAUUAGGUGUGCACGAAAAAUGUGUUCCUUCUCUUAAAACACGUGAGACGACACGGCCUCGCCCGCAGCGAACCAUUUCGGUUGGGAAAUUAUAAUUCCGGUCGACAGAAAAGCUCGCAGGUUUGUCUGAUUUCGUGCUGAGAAGUGCGCAAUUUGAUUUCUCGUCCGACUCAAGCAUAUUAAACCAGCCAAUUGGAAGCCGUUUAAUCCGGUUAGGAGGCAAAAUGAGCUAUGCGCUCUCUAGCCAAUCGAUAACUAACUUCAAUUUAAAAAAAGGCAAAAUCCCAUCAGAUUUAGAAUUGGAUGCGGGGAAUUGUAUGCACGGGUUGCUUUGAUUUAGAAAUAUAAAUGGUUUAAGAGUUCCUUUUCUUUUCUGGUUUAUUAAUUUAACUGUAAGUUAGCUUCUCUCUAAACAUUUACAUUUUUAACUCAAAAGAGCAUGUUUAGAUGAAGCUGAAUUUCUGAUUUUUUUCUGCCAGGAAAUUUGUGGAGUAAAAACUAGACUGGUUCUAAAAAAUUUUAAAAAUUACGUAAGAUGAAGUUAUAAAUUUUUCCAUAAUUACACUCAAGUAUUGAAAUAAUUCUUAAAAAUCAUGAAAAUCAUCAACCAGAAUAAGCAACAAACCAGUGCUAGAACAAUUUGGAUUUAAUUAUAUUUGUAAAUUUUUU